AUGGUGUUAUCGGUGAACUCCCAACGGAACAUUGACAAACACUUUGAAGGUACUAGUAUUGAUUGGACGGCAGUAGAGAAACGGCUGCUAGCGUGGGCCUAUCUGUUCCAUCGUGGCAAGAAGAUCCGGCUCCAGAUAUCAAUCAACUACAUAGAAGACAGUGGACCUCUUCCUUCUAGAACUGACAAGCGAGGAAAGUCAUCGGUGACUACACGGAUGCUCGCCGACCGAGACGCUCAGAUUGACGCCGAGCAGGUCUCCGGCCAAUAUUCUGUCUGGCGUGAUGUGUAUCGUGUUAUGCGAUGUCCCGGGCCUCCGUGUCGCCAUGAAGGACAAUACUGCUGGCAAGAUCCAGAGGGAAAAAGGCACCAUAGGGUGAAGACACACCAUUUGAAGGCCCUCGUCAAAUAUGUGGAGCAAGGUGGGGUUCUCGAGACCCACGAUGAUGUCCCUGAUAGUGUUCGCGAGCAGCUCUAUGCCGAGGAGAACCAGCGACUGGACAAAGAGAAGAAAGCUGCGGAGAACUCUACAACGGGUUCAGUGUGUCCUCCAAUCAAUAUCAAUGUCCUCCCGGCUGGAUCAUCUCAACAAUUGAUAAAGCCUCCUGCUAAUGAUGCCAUGGUCUCCGGGCCCGGCUGUACUAAAUCAAUCAUAAUCGACGGCCUGCUAGAUGUCGCUGUGGACGAGUAUACUGAAUGGCAGCAAUCGCGGGUGAGCAACGAGGCUGUCAGGGGGAAUAUCAAUAAAGCACGUAAUGUGACCCUUGAAAAUUGUCUCGACCUCAUGCAGAUUUAUGAGGAUCAAGACCCAGGUUUCUUUGUCAAGCACGGUGUGAAAGUUGGUGCCGCCCGGCGGUUCGUUCGUGAUAUCGGCCUUUGGGUGAAACGACGCAAAGAAGUGGCUUGCAACGAAUAUACUCAUUUAGCUUAG